AUGUCGAUAUUAAAUGAACCUAGUGUGGAUUUUCAUCUCAAGUUGAAUGAACAAUCAUUCCACAUACCCAAUGAGUUGCUGAAAAAAAACAUCAGAAGCGUUAACAAACUUCUAGAUCGUGAUAGCAAAAGACUUCACAUCCUGUUCGGAGAGCUUGACCAACUGCUUGCAGGUCAGGACGACAAGGGCUCUCUUUCAAAACUUAAUGAAAUCAUCAAGACUGUUGAAAUUCUAGAAAAGAAGCUGGAGAAGCGUAUUCAUACAGAAGCUGAGCUUCUCCGGAGGAUUCAGUAUCGCAUCGAUUACUACAAUGAGCUGAAUGAUCUUAAAGAAGCAAACGACCGUAAUGGCCUUAUCAAUUGGUAUCAGCGAUACACAAAUCUUUUAGUUGGAGAUUAUCUGACAAGAAAUGGGAUGCUUUAUGAUGAAGAACUCGAUGCAGUGGUCGAGAACACCGGAGAACACGAUUUUGGUGUCGGUAGGUCCAAGAGGCGGUUAUCUUCACCAAAACUAGAUGAGCCAUGUUUGAACCCUGGUGUACAGUUUCUAAAGCAGCAAGGCCUUGAGCAUUUUUUGGAUUAUGACAUACUGCUGACUGCAAAUAGAAUAUCCAAAAGCUUGACUCUUAAGCACACUCUUGGUCCUCUGAUUCAUUGGAUAAAAGAAAAUAGCUCUUACUUGACUAGCAAGUCCUCAAUGUUGGAAUUCGAAGCAAGAUUACAGGAAUAUAUCGAGUUAGUCAAGAUUCAGGACUAUCCAAAUGCAAUCACUUGUUUUCAAAGUUAUUUGGUUAAAUUUAUCGAUAGCAACUUUGAGCAGUUGAAGCUGGCUUCUGGUCUGCUUGUCUUCAUAAAAAGUUGUUCAAAUAAUCAACAAACAAAUUCAGCAAAAGACGGCGCACAGUCCCUGAGCGAUUCAUCUUUGAAGUUAAAGAGCAGGUCUGGUUUUUUCCAGUACUUUUUUCAUAAGCAGGCCCCCCUGAGCUCAGAAGCCGUAAAAAUUCCUAAUAUUGACGAUUUCAAAGUCAGACACUUUAGUAAUAAUAUGGAUUUCGAAAGGUAUACAAAUAUACUAGAUGGCACAAGAUGGGAUGUUCUAAAGGAUCUCUUCCUUCAGGAAUACUUUUCUAUGUAUGGUAUCUCUCAUCAUGACCCUUUAUUGAUCUACCUUUCACUGGGCAUAUCAACUUUAAAAACAAAAGCAUGUCUACACGAAUCACCAGUUGUUGAGUCCGAAAACAUUGAGCUUAAUCAAUACUUGAAUAACGAGGUGACUAAUAACAAAUGUCCGGUAUGUAGUGAUGAAUUCGCUACCAUUGCGAGAGGUUUACCUUACGCACAUCAUAUCCAGUCGAAUCUGUUCGAAAAUCCUGUAAUGCUCCCCAAUGGGAAUAUUUAUGACUCCAAGAAAUUGAAAAUUCUGGCUCAUAAUUUAACAAAUAAGAAGCUCUGCGUCUUAGACGAAGAUGAAGUUCUGGAUCCAAUCGAUAGGAAGAUCUAUUCCGAAAAUGACUUUAUAACAAUGUAUCCAACUUGA